AUGAACAAAACAAUUAAAACACCGUCGUCGUGCGGUGAAUCAACUUCCAAUUCAACCCAACAUAAAAUGUCUAUACAAAACAAAAUAUCUAAACCUAAAUCAAACAUGCCACCUUCACCAAACCAAUCUACCGAAAAUCUUAUCUCUGACACCUCAAAAAAUAUGGAUAACAAUCUACCACAACAAAACAUUGCAACCCAAAAAAAAACUUUCGCAGAAUCGUUAAAUCCUAAUCCUUUUCCAAAAAAAGAUCAGGCCAUUAUAUUUGAUAUAGAAAACGAAGAAAUACAAUUAAAAGAUUACAUUAUCGAAAUAGGAAAAAUAACCAAACCAGAAAAUAUUAUUUUCGUGUCCAAAAUAUCUAAAAAACGAAUGUGUAUCUUUUUAUCGACAAAAGACCUAGCGAACAAACUAAUUCAAGACAACGAAAAUUUAGUUGUGCAAGGCCAAAAUAUUAAAUUAAGAAAACUAUACAAUCCGGAUAAAAGAAUCAUCCUUGCAAAUGUAUACCCCAAUAUACCACACGCAAUAAUAAUAGAAGCACUUAAAGAACACAACAUAACACCCACCAGUCCUAUAUCAUUUCUACGUGCAGGUAUUCACAUCGAAGGUCUUACACACAUACUUAGUUUUAGACGCCAAAUGUAUAUAUCUCCCGAAGACGAAAACAAAAUACCUAGCUCUAUACUGAUCAACUUUGAAAACGCAAACUAUAGGGUAUUUCUGUCUAAUGACGAAUUAACCUGUUUUUUAUGCAAAAAAAUCGGACAUACUUCAAACAAUUGUCCCAAAGCAAAUGAACUCAAACCCACUGAUACAAACAUUAUUAGCCCACUGCCAAAUUCCCAAACACAGAUAGAGUUAGAUGAAACUGAACCUAAAACACCCAUACAUCUAGAGUCGGAAAUUGAUUUUUAUGAACCAAUGGACCAGUCUCAAACCGAUGAUAAAGUUCAACAAAUUGAGACAAAACCACCUCCAAAUACUAAAAGAUCAGCCUCAACACAAUCGCCCACAUUGUCGGCCUCAACAAUAUCAAACAAGGUGACCCCCGCACCAAAUCAAACCAAAACCAAAACACAGAAAACUAACCCUACAAAAAAAACAAAAUUAACUCCCGCGACUGAAAACUUCGUAGAAAACAUUGAUACACAUUUAUUACCAAUUAAAAGUUUUUUUGACAAUAAUAAGGAAUUGCCAAUUAAUUACCCACAAUUCAGAGAUAUAAUCGAAAAGGUACAAAUCAAUCCAGAUCCAGAUUUUAUAUUUGAACAGUACAACAUUUCAUUAAAAGCCAUGAUAGAUUUAAUUGAAAAAGUCAGACCUAAACUUCAAUCUAAUAGUAGUAAAAUACGUUUUACUCGUCUGCACAACGAACUAUUCAACAAAUAUCUAGACAAACAGCUGAAGCCAAACACACAAAACUAA